CAAUUCUGAAACUCAGUUUCGUUUCGGACGUUCGUCGAGGUGUACGUGCUCGGUUUGUUGAACCGUUGAACUGUUGAACUGCUGAACUGUGGCACACCGUGCAGCACUCGGCAAUCGAAAAUCGGAAACCAAAUCGGCCGAGUUCGCGGCUAAUGCAGGAAUCAAAACACCAAAACCGGCAACGUCAUGUAGUUCGUUGUGGUGCGUGCUGCCGACGAUAAAGCGCGAGAACAAGUAUCCCAGAGAUACCAAUAAUAAAUGUACACAUAUUUAUAAUAUACAUCGGGCGAGUACCACACACGGUAGUCAUGGACAGACGCAGUUACAGAGUGCAAAACUUUUGUGGAAUUCUAAAAAUUUCCAUUGAGAACUGCUCCUGAAUAGCACGCUACUACUACUUUUUAUUUUUAACGAGAGAUAAUCAUUUUAAAGUAGAAAGUGAGUGGGCUCGAUUGUGUGGGUGGGGUGUGUGCGGUAGGGAAAACACUAUUGCGAAAAUUCAGCUAUACUGGCCACCGAAUGGAUAAUGGGUAUUUGUUUAGACACAGAUGCCAGCGCGGCACAAGAUACCGGCGAACCAGGCAACGAUUGGAAUCUUACACGGAAUCGAAAUGGCCAAAAUGCUGGCGAUUUGGAGGCCGCUGCGGCGGCAGGACGAAUGGGUUCUACCAAUGUCGGCGCUAUCGAUAUGCAAAAUGCUGGAAAAAUCAAAUUCGAUCCGCCCAAAGUGCCAGUGAUAUUUGUUUUAGGCGGCCCCGGUAGUGGCAAGGUCACCCAUUGCGAUACCUUCAUGCAGGAGCGACGCGGCGUAACGCACAUCAAUAUGAUGGAUCUCCUCCAGCAGUAUGCAAUGGGCAAUGACAUGCAAGACUUUUCGCAACUGUCGUCGAAAACCGUCACUGAGGUGCUGAUGUUGGAAAUGAAAAUGGCUCCAGCUGCCAAAGCAUACCUGAUAUCGGGAUAUCCACGCUCCAUGCGCGACGUAGUCGAGUAUUCUGAAAAGAUUCAAGUCGUGAAUGGCGUGAUUCUAAUAUCCUGGCGCCAAUCGGUUCUGCAGAAGCAAAUCGAUUAUGGAGCCAAAUUAGGUCAUGUAGUACUCUCCUUAGCCAAAAUGGAAUUAGAAAAUUUCUUUAAAAAUGUGAUGCCCGUCGCCGAUUAUUUUGAUCAGAGCGACAUGUUGUUGGCCGUAAAUGGCGAACGUGCGCCCACAGAGGUUUACAAAGACUUUCGCACCGCUGUCCUCGAUAUACUGAGCACCCUCGAGAACCAAGAGGCCGUGAUGAAUGGAGUUACAGGUAUGGGCAGAGGGAUACAUGAUAUACCCGGCAGUAUAGUUAGCGUAGACACUGCACCAAGUCAAGCCCAACAAGGGACUCAAAUUGCAGAAGACAGCGCGGCCAAUGCCUCUGAAACUGCGGGAACCGUUUUGGCCAGAGAUUUGGCAAUCGAACGGAUGGAUGGUGGGCCAAAUGGGGGCGUGACAGCCCUGAAAACGGGCACCACCAGUGCGGAUGAUGACAGCGGUGUUGUGGUCACCCAGCAGCCAAAGUUGCGCCAGGCUGCUGGACCAGAUGAAUUGGGAUCGGACCUGCCACCGAUUAUCUGGGUGAUCGGCGGUCCGGGCAGCAACAAGGCCACACUUUGCCUCAAGGCUGUGGGACUGAAUCCUGGCUGGGCUCACAUCAGCGUCGGUCGUCUUUUGCGCAAUAUCACGGACUCUGCACCACGUGCCAAUACGGAAAGCUUCGCCGUCAAGGAAGCCUUGGCCGCUGGGGAUAUGGCCCCGGAGAAGUCGCUGAAUCAGCUCCUGGAAACCAAUCUGCGCCAGCUACGAGAUAGAACUGGCAUUAUCGUAGAUGGGUAUCCCAGAAACCUGCAGCAAGUCAAGUACUUUGAGAAUAAGUACAAACAACGACCGCCAAUUAUCCUGCUGGAUUGCUCAAAACUUCAGUUAGGCAGAGGACGUAUAGAUGACACGGUGUCCUCCUUUCGCCGCCGCUUGGAACUCUUUCGUGAGCAAACUCUGCCCAUGCUUAAGAUUCUGGAUACCAGUAAUCGUUUGCAGAUUGUUGAUGGAGACACGGAUAGUCCAUCUGUGCAGCGUGAGUUUGAGCGUCUCAUCCGGAAUCACAUACAGCGUUUGUUGAACAAAACCGACGAUAUAGACGACUCAGCCAACUUGGGUAACCAGAUGAUGCGGAACGAGCAAACGGAUGCCAUUCUCCAUGAUCUGGAGACCAAUGUGCCGGGUGCCGUGCCCACGAUUAGUCACCACGUGAGCAUGAUGAACGGCCAUCUGAAGAGUCGCGGAAGCGCCUUGGGGAGUGGGAAACCCCACGGCCAGAUGAUGAACGGACAUGUUCCCGGCAGACCCGGAACCGGAACCGGACCAGUUGGCCAACCAGUACCCGUUGAUUUCCGGCACAUGCUGGAGGAGGCCGAGCGAUAUCCGGUCGACUCGUAUAUGUAGAUGUGGACUCACAGGAAUCCGCAGGACAGACGGAUAUCUAAGUUUUAUAGUUUUCUAAUUAGCCUAGACUAAGCGUACUGUGUAAUGCCGGUUUGUGGAAUUGUCGAAAGUGGACCAAUGCGUAAGUUAGUCCGGCUAGAUUAAGAGUUAGAAGAAUUCAAUUCACUACUUUACUUCACUAGACGAGUACCAACUUAGCCUAAGAGUGCGUUAGGGGCAGCCGUUAGAAUGUACGAUUUCAAUAAAAUCUUAAGAGAGUCGAAAGUUGCUCAAGGAAUUAUUAGUUGUAA